UAAAAAGACUGAGAAGAAAGUCUUUUUCUUCACACAAGUGAAUACAUAACAUGAAAAAUAUCAACAUUCGCAGUGUGACCUGUGGAGAUAUAAUUUUUUGUGUGUUGAGACCGUUUAUGAAAUUAAUCAAACCAAGCUCAAGACUUGGACUUGAUAAUAAGAAUUGUUUUGAGAAGAUAGUUAUCUCUACAGGAUGUAGAAAUAUCUGACAAGUGGGAGAAAUCAACGAAAAAAUGAUGGAACAAUCGAUGCUCAUGACUAGCGAUUUUUUCUAAAAACUUUUCAUUCCAUGCGUAAAAACAGGAAUAACUGUUAAGGGAAUUAAUUUUUGGUGAACUUGGUUUUCUAUUUAUCUAUUGUAUGCAGAACCAGUUGAAACGCCAAAACUCCGGUCUUCCAAUCAUGGAAUCCGUGGUCCGUUUUGGCAAUAUCCCUGUGGUGGAAACCGGCCUCAAAACUGCCGGCACUGUUUAUCAGAAAGUGAAGACCAGCAACGGAUUAUUCAAUUGGAGCUUGGAAACGGCGGAAACGGUCACAUAUGCUCUGAUAGAGUCUCUCCGACCGGCAGCCAGACUAAUCGAGGGCCCACUUCAUCGCAUUGAUAGCCUGAUGUGCAAAAGUUUGGAUUUCGUUGAACAGAAAGUUCCCUCGCUGUAUUUACCGCCAGAACUGAUAUACUGGAACACUAAGGAAUACAUGUCGGAUCACCUGGUGCGCCCGGUUCUCAGUCGGGCCAGUUCGGUGAAGAAUCUUGGCCAUGCGGUACUGGACUCACGUGUUUCCAAUUAUGCCGCCGGACGGCUGGAUGGAGCGUUGAAUGUUUGCGAUAAAUACGUUGACAGGUUUCUGCCCGUUGAACCGGCCGAUGAUCAAACAGACGGCGCGUCAAGAAGAAAAUCACUAGCGGAACCGAACGAUCCAAACGAGAUGCACGUAAUGCAAACUAUACACCGUGGCCAGCGCAUUUCACGGAAGCUUAAACGUCGUUUGACAUUCCGAACCCGCCAGGAGUUGCAUGCCCUGAAGAAGCAAAGCACCGAAGCAGUACAUGUACUGUUCUACGCGACCGAACUGAUCGCCACCAAUCCCCGAUUGGCCUUGCAAAAGGGCAUCGAACUGUGGCAAUACCUAAGCGCUGAUGAGCCAGAAAACCAAGCGAGACCACAAACUCUGGAACAGUUGGUCGUUUUGCUUACUAGAGAAUCCGCUCGGAAGUUAGUUCAUUUAAUCAACUAUACCGGUGGUAUGUUGAUGAAGGUCCCCAAAAAGGUUCGAUCGCAAACACGGGAGCUUGUGCAUCACUUGUUGUUUGCCACGGAUGGAUUAAUCAAGGUGGUUCAUCUGGAGAGGGUAAAAGCCGCGACUGUAAAUGAGGCGACUGGUAUCGUCCACAGAAUCCAACACACCUACGAUGAGUUACAGAAUCAAACAAAUCUAGCUUUGCACGGUCAGUUAUCGUUAGCUAAAAUUGAUACUCAUCAAGAUUGUGUCUAUUGGAUGCUUUUGAAAUUGGAACGUUUAGCGGUCUUUCUGUCGGGCCGUCUCGAGGCGGAGAAGAUCACCACCAGCGACAACCCGCGGCGUCGCAUCCAGAACCGACCGAACAAUAAUCCUAUGCAUACUAGCAUCAAUGGCGUUUACUAGCGUGUGGGUGGCCGAACUGCUGCGGCAACGGAUCCACGAGGAUCUCGCGGCAGCCGUUGGGCUGAGGCAAAACGGAUCUGACUAAGCUAGCAGAAUGGGAAAAUAUAUUGAAUAAGAUUAAUGUUAGAUACUGAAUAUGUUUAUAUCAAUACAUUUCAAUAGUUUUUACUCGGUGCUUGUUCGAUUAGCCUAGUGCAUUAUCACAAUAAUGCUGAAAACUGUUAGACUGUUACUGCACAGCUCCGCAAAUCCAGAUGUAGGGAAGUGUAGGCCAGUUUGUUUUGUUGAACUGAGGUUCCAGUGGAAAGAAAGAAAGGCUAUGUUUAUAUAAUUGAAUAAAUGAAUGAAUAAUUUAUUAAUAA